UGGUCUCACCUCAGCUGAGUGGCACUAUGGCCGACUGCGCCCAACAACCCGCCCAGGCUGGUGGGGGGAAGCGCAAAAAUAGGGCCCAGUACGUGCAGGCCAAACGAGCUCGGCGCUGCGACGGCGGCGGGCCCAGGCAGUUAGAGCCCGGGUUACAGGGCAUCCUCAUCACGUGCAACAUGAACGAGCGCAAGUGCGUGGAGGAGGCCUACAGCCUGCUCAACGAGUACGGCGACGACAUGUAUGGGCCAGAAAAGUUUAUAGACAAGGAUCCACAACCCUCUGGCAGUGAGGGAGAUGACGAUGACGCAGAGGCUGCUCUGAAGAAAGAAGUUGGUGACCUUAAGGCAUCUACGGAGAUGAGGCUGAGAAGAUUCCAGUCAGUGGAAAGUGGAGCAAAUAACGUAGUGUUCAUCAGGACACUCGGAAUAGAACCUGAGAAAUUGGUGCAUCAUAUUCUCCAGGAUAUGUAUAAAACUAAGAAGAAGAAGACCCGAGUCAUCUUGAGAAUGUUACCCAUCUCAGGCACAUGCAAAGCUUUCUUGGAAGAUAUGAAAAAAUAUGCGGAAACAUUCCUGGAACCUUGGUUUAAAGCUCCAAACAAAGGGACAUUUCAAAUUGUAUACAAAUCUCGAAAUAAUAGUCAUGUCAAUAGAGAAGAGGUUAUCAAAGAAUUAGCAGGAGUCGUGGGGAGCCUCAAUUCAGAAAAUAAAGUGGAUCUCACGAAUCCACAGUACACGGUGGUAGUAGAAAUCAUCAAAGCUGUCUGUUGCUUGAGUGUUGUGAAAGAUUACAUAUUGUUCAGAAAGUACAAUCUCCAGGAGGUGGUGAAGAGCACCAAGGACCCAUCCCAGCUCCACACAAAGCAAGGAAAUGGGAAAGAAGUAAAACUGGAAUCUGAUGACAAGUUGAAUCAGAAUGAUCCAGCAGCUAGGGAAGAUAACCAGCAGGGCGUAGCAGACAGCAGUGAGGAGCCCAGACAGACAAAUCCGACCUCAGAGACUCAGGUGGCACAUGAGGGAGGAACUAAACCUGAACCUGCCAGUCAAAUCACAGACGGACCCCAGUCAGAUACAACUGAUGUCUCAUAGGAGGUAACUGGUUGUUGGUGGUACAGUUUACAGUGAGUUCCAGGCAAAUUGUCAACUGAAAAUGUUUUUGACCUUUGUGUGCUGCAUAAUGCUAUUCUUAAAAGUAUUGAUCUCAUGCAGGAAGCCCUGCAAUAGUUCCUGUUAGAAUCUUUCAGUCCUACAUGGCAGCAUGUUAAGAUCCACAAGCUGCUGCAAGGAGGGUACUUGCUACCGAUAGGAGGAUGACUUUGGCUUCUCCUUCAUGAUUACCUCCCAGCUUCCCCUUUGACACUGCCAGCUGACCCAGGGGAGUCAACAAGCUUGCUGAAGUGAAAGAAUCUUAGGAAAAUUUAUUCAUUCUAAAGAAGCAAUUUUUGUGUUUUUGUGUACUCUUGUUCAUGUUGCAGAAGCAUAGAUUGGGUGGGUUAGAAAUGAUUUAUUUGGUGUUUUUGUAUUUGUGUUUUUCUUGUUAGAUCUAUUUUUAAUAUUUUAACAUUUCUUUGUAUAAAAAACUCCUGACAGUUCAUUGCUGCAGUUUUUGAAGGCAAGAUGUGAGGUGGAAGAGGACGAUCAUAGGCAUAGACCUACAGACAUUGCUGAUAAGGUUAGUGGUUAAGAAGUAUGGUCUUUGAGUUCAUUUAAUACACCAAUACAACCGAGAACACAAAGAAAUUCUGUACAAUGAAAGCUACCUCUCCAGGGUUUUGCAUGGACACUCCUCAUGCCAUCAUGCCUUACCUGGUGUAUUAGAGUCCAAAAUUUAGUAAUUGUCCAAACAAUUGUAAAUCACAGCCAUUUGACAAGUAAGGAUGUUAGUUAUUUUGAAUGCAUUCUGGAAUAUUAAAAGAGUAAAGCUGUU